AUGAAUAGUGUAGAUCACGCAGCUGUCAGUACUCAUAGCAGGUCGUCGAGAGCAGCUCCGUCGCUGGCCCCGCACACAGCGUCCCCGUCUUCAGCGGCACUUCUCACCAGAAUCAGACAGCAGACAAAGGCAGUGGCCAAACUUAAGGAUAAACUGCAAGCAAUGAACAUCGUAUCUCGCCGAAAACCAGAAAGAAGCGAUGUCCAAAUGAAUAGAUCCGGAUCCGCCGCAGCAAUGGAUGUCAUCGAUCUGGUAUCCGAGAACUCGGAUCCCGACGACGAUGACGAUGAUGCCCUCCAACCGCAUGUAGGAGAUAGACAUCCAGGAAAAGAUCUAGCUAUGGAUGAUUAUGAACAGCAUCCUCCCGAUCUCAAUAGCCUUCUGGCGGACGAACAGCCCCACAAUCCAGAUGCCUUUGAGGGGGCAGAAGAGGAAUGGGAAGACUAUGACUUUGAUGACGUUUUCGACCCUGACGAAGAACUCGUCCGAGCAUUGAUGGAGGGGGCCGAGGGUCAGCCUUAUGAAAUAGCACAUCACAAUGGUCUACAACAUCCCGUCGAGCCACCGAUUGAUCUUGAGCAGGACUCACAGUACAUGCCGGACGUCCAAACGCGCAAGGACUGUGUUGAUGCCGUUCUAGCCAUUUUCCCUGACAUCUGUCGUGAUCAUGUUUCUGAACUUUACAACGACGUCUCGCGAGCUUCGGAUCGUCUAAUCGCCCAUAUUCUUGAUAAGAUGGAGAGCGGGAACCCGUACCCCAAGGCAAAAGAUACGAAGAAGACCCUGAAGAGGAAAAGGGAAGUUGAUGAAGAUGAGACAGUGAUACUAAAGUACGGGGCGGCUGACCGUUCCCCCGGGGCAUCGCGGCCUUAUAUACGCGCUAUCUUGAGCCAAGAAUUUUCUACAACCCCGAUGGCUUUCAUUGACGCAACGCUGAAUCAAUCGCAAUAUCGUUUGUUUCAUGCCUACCGAGUACUUGAGGAAGCCCAUCGAACGUAUGACCCAACAGAUCGACCGUACAACAAAAUCAAGAAACCUAGGUCCAUGCAACCGUUAUACCUAGCUGAAAACAUAAAGGCUUCCAUUGAGGAUAUAACGGCAGAUCCCGCGCUGGUUGAGGUUCUCCAGGAGUUACAGGCAUCGCGGAGGAUGAAGGAAAAGGCUGACAAGAAGCGGGAGGCUGAACUGCAAGCCGAGCUUGACGAACAAGCUAAUACCCAAAAAGCCCAAGAAGAGGGCACUAUGUCAGAAUGCGGAUGCUGCUUCGGAGAUUUCCCACUUAACCGAAUGGUGCAUUGUGAUAGCGAUAUCCUACAUUGGUUCUGCCGAGGUUGUGCGCGACAGACUGCGGAGACUGAGAUUGGAAACUCCAAGUAUGAGCUUCAUUGCAUGUCGAUGGAUGGAUGCAAGUCGGGAUUCACUAUGGACCAAAGAUCUCAAUUCUUGGACGAGAAAACAGUAAUUGCCCUCGAACGAAAUGAACAAGAAGCAAUGUUGCGCAUGGCUGGCAUAGAGAACCUUGCAAGCUGCCCAUUUUGCCCAUUUGCCGCUGAGUAUCCACCAGUCGAGGUCGAUAGGGAAUUCCGAUGCCAAGCUCCCGACUGUGAGAAAAUCAGCUGUCGACUAUGCAAGCUGGAUUCCCACAUCCCCAAGAGUUGCGAGGAAAAUGCUAAAGACAAUGGCCUUUCAAUUCGCCGCCAAAUCGAAGAGGCGAUGUCUGCGGCGCUAAUUAGGAAGUGCAACAAAUGUGGAACCCCAUUCGUCAAGGAGGAAGGCUGUAACAAGAUGACCUGCACGCGCAAUGGAUGUUACAAUGUGCAAUGCUAUGUUUGCUCCAAAUCCUGUGCUUAUGACCAUUUUAAUGAUCGAAGCCGGGGUGGCAAGUCCGGCAACUGUCCGUUGUUUGAGAGCGUCGAGGAUCGCCACAACGAGGAAGUCAAGAAAGCCGAGAAGGACGCCCUUGAGAAGAUUCGAGCUGAGCAUCCUGAGUAUACCGACGAGGACCUACAGAUAAAGGUAUCGGAUGCCGUCCUGAAGGAUGAGGAACGCCGGAAAUCGUUACAUCCUAGAAUGCGUGCUUAUCAGGCAGAAGCUGCACGUAUCAAUGCUCAUCGGCAUAUCUUACCACAAUACUAUGGUGCACGCCCUGCACCGCCGCCAGGAAACCAACCACAAGUAGCUGAUGAACUCGGAUGGGGAGAUGAACUCGAUCCCAUAAUAGAAAACCCUUUCGAAAACCCUUUCGAAAACCCUUUCGAUAACUUCGAUUUCGAUUUCGGCGAUGAGAUUUUUCAGGCUCACCGGCGUGGUUUUAUUGGUCAUCGCCCUCCUGUUCGAGCUCCAGCUGAACAAGCGCGACGUAAGGCGAUACCAGCUUUCCCAGUUUUCCCAAUUCUUGACGAGCCAGUUCGCAUACCUGAAUUUCCUGAGUUCAACUUCCCUAUUUUUCCGGAUCCUCCCAUGGCAUUUGCACCGCCAUUAAAUGCAGCGCCUGUGCGUGGAGCAAAUCCUGGGCCUGAAGUACCCGAGGCUCAAGCAUCGCCUCGAGAACGCCUCAUUAAAUUGCAAAAAGCGGAUAUGGAAAGACAGGCUGUAGCCCAUCGGAAGCUACAGAGACUACAACAGGAGGCUUGCGAUCGCCAUGCUCAACAGAACCAGGCGCUUAUGCAACAACCUGAAGCGCCUCGGGCGCCACCAGAACUAAAGUUACGAAUAGAUGGUCAUUUACGAAUGCAACCACGAGCCCUAGUACAGAUACAGCAAGAAUCAAUUCAGCGAAUGCAUCAGCAUAUGGAAGCAGUAAACCAAAGAGCUGAUCAGAUGAAUGAUGACUUCAACGCUCAUAAAUCACGGUAUUUAGAGGAGCAUAUGAUGAUCCGACAACAAAGAAUUCGGGAACAACAUCGGAAGUUACUAUUGGCGCAAUUUGAAGGCCAACUGCCAGUUGAUGGUGGUGCUGCUGCCCGUGCCGCGCUUGGUGUUAAUGGACUGAAAGAACAUCAACACGAUAACGACGGGCCUCCGUCUCUAGAAUAA